CCAUCGCGCCCUCUAGGUAGCGCGGAGAAGGAUAGCUCAGGAACCAUAGCGCCCUCUUCAACGCGGAGAAGAGAUAGCUUAGUUGGCGGAGAAGAGAUUUUCCCUUAUUUGCUUCUCUCCAUCGCGCCCUCUAGAUAGCGCGGAGAAGAGAUAGCUCAGGAACAUAGCGCCCUCUUCAACGCGGAGAAGAGAUAGCUUAGUUGGCGGAGAAGAGAUAGCUCCUGAUGGCCCUUCCGUCUCUGAAAUUGGAAGGGGCACUCGCUCGAUCAACGCUCCCCUCGAUCUCCAUUCUCCGAUCGCUGCGCCUCGCGGCAUCAUUUUCGAGCUCGCCUCUCCUCCCACGGAAACUUCUACCUUCCUGCAUUUCCUGCAGUAGCUUUAGAUUCGUAGUGAAAGCCUCCGUCCAGACCGCCUCUGAACAGAUCAAAGCGAUCCCCACGAAGCCGGUCGAAGGGCAGAAAACUGGGACUAGCGGACUCAGAAAGAAGGUUAAGGUCUUUCAACAAGAGAAUUACCUGGCCAACUGGAUUCAGGCUCUGUUUAAUUCUUUGCCUCUUGAGGAUUACAAGGACGGCGUGCUCGUGUUGGGAGGCGAUGGCCGAUAUUUUAAUCGAGAGGCUGCUCAGAUAAUCAUCAAGAUUGCAGCUGGGAAUGGCGUUGGAAAGAUACUUGUUGGCAGGGAUGGUCUCAUGUCUACUCCAGCUGUUUCAGCUGUGAUUCGUAAGCAAAAGGCUAAUGGUGGUUUCAUAAUGAGUGCAAGCCAUAAUCCCGGUGGACCAGAAUAUGACUGGGGUAUUAAGUUUAAUUAUAGCAGUGGGCAACCUGCGCCUGAAUCAAUAACUGACAAAAUCUAUGGAAACACACUUUCUAUUUCUGAGAUAAAAACAGCAGAUAUUCCAGAUGUUGAUCUCUCCUCUGUUGGCGCUGUAAGAUAUGGUAAUUUUACAGUGGAGGUGGUUGAUCCUGUUUCUGAUUACCUGGAGUUGAUGGAGGAAGUCUUUGAUUUUCAGCUUAUCAAAGAUCUUAUUUCACGGGCUGAUUUCAGGUUCAGCUUUGAUGCGAUGCAUGCAGUGACUGGUGCUUAUGCCAAACCUAUAUUUGUGGAUCGCCUGGGAGCUAGUCUGGACUCCAUUUCAAAUGGAGUUCCUUUGGAAGAUUUUGGACAUGGCCAUCCAGAUCCUAAUCUUACGUAUGCUAAAGAUCUGGUUAACAUCAUGUAUGCAAAGGAUGCACCAGAUUUUGGAGCAGCAAGUGAUGGUGAUGGUGAUCGAAAUAUGAUACUUGGAAGAGGCUUUUUCAUCACGCCUUCAGAUUCUGUUGCUAUUAUUGCAGCUAAUGCUCAGGCAGCCAUCCCCUACUUCAAAGAUGGUCCUAAGGGACUUGCUAGGUCUAUGCCUACAAGUGGAGCUCUUGAUCGUGUCGCGUCAAAACUGAAUCUUCCUUUCUUUGAGGUUCCUACUGGAUGGAAAUUCUUUGGGAAUCUUAUGGACGCAGGGAGGUUAUCUAUAUGUGGGGAAGAAAGUUUUGGAACAGGUUCUGAUCAUAUCAGAGAGAAAGAUGGGAUAUGGGCCGUGCUUGCUUGGCUUUCCAUCAUCGCCUACCAGAACAAGGACAAAAAAGUUGGGGAAAAGUUGGUUUCGGUUGCAGACAUUGCAAAAGAGCAUUGGGCUACUUAUGGCAGAAACUUCUUUUCUAGAUAUGAUUAUGAGGAAUGUGAAUCUAGUGGAGCCAAUAAAAUGAUGGAAUACCUUAGAGAUAUCAUUUCUAAAACCAAGCAGGGCGAAAAAUAUGGAAAUUACACCCUCGACUUUGCUGAUGAUUUCAGUUACACUGAUCCUGUGGAUGGCAGUGUGGCAUCUAAACAAGGACUUCGAUUUGUUUUCACGGAUGGAUCAAGGAUCAUAUAUCGGCUAUCAGGCACUGGAUCUGCGGGUGCUACAAUUCGCAUUUAUAUUGAACAAUUCGAGCCUGAUGGAGCGAUGCAUGAUGUUGAUGCACAAACAGCCUUGAAGCCUUUGAUAGAUUUGGCAUUGUCGAUUUCCAAAUUGGAAGAAUUCACCGGCAGAGAGAAGCCUACAGUCAUCACAUGAUGAUUAAGGCACCUUUUUCAGAGUAUAAUGGAUUCACGUUUCCUGUUUAUCUUUACAUUAUCCAAUAAAAUUAUUCUUUUUUUCCCUUUUAAUCAAAACUUUUGAGAAAUA